GAUUUUUUGAGUUCAGGGUUGUUACGUUGAAAAACAGAAAUAUUAAUAUUUUCCGUUACGUAUCUCUUGGGUAUAAAGUUUACAGUGAUAUAAAUUUUGGAAAACUUCGAGAGUAUAUAAUAUGCAAACAAUUCAGCCUACUGAGAAUCAAACUCCAAAAAUUGAACUCGAUCAGAGCAAUGGCGUUACAGAAAAGUCAUCGGAAUCCGUAUGUUUGAACAAAGAAAUAAUAAGUUCAAGUUUGUGUUAUGUAAACGAAACAGUUGACGGGUUAUCAUAUGCCCCAGCUAAAUUUAUUUGCAAUGACAGAUUGCUAACGAAUAUCGAUGCACUGAAGGGGUUUGUAUUUUUGCGCUACAUUAACGUAGGAUUCAAUCGUAUAACUAAUUUAAGAGCAUUAUAUGGUUUAAACAAUCUGAUUGUGUUAAGAGCAUCAUAUAAUGAAAUAGAAGAAUUUCCUUGUGGAAACUGGCCCACGUUAACACACUUAGACUUAAGAAACAAUUGUAUUAAAAGGCUGACAACUGUAAAUUACCCGAGAUUGUUGGUUCUAUUCCUUGACAAUAAUCAGUUACGUAGUUUGACCAGUCAAACUGAUGGAUCAUGUUAUUUAAAUGAUUAUAGUGUACCGAAAUUGCAUACUCUCGGAUUAUCACAUAAUUUACUUGAGGUAGAAGACACUACAAUAACUCAUUCUAAUAUCAAUAUAGCAAUUGGAUUAGAAUUGAAAAAUCUAAAAGCAUUAUAUCUUGGUUAUAACAAACUAAUUAGUUUUGGAAAUUAUAAAUUAAAAAAUGGAAAUGUACAAAAUUUACCAAAUGAACUAAAAUACACUACUAAUGAUCAAAAAGGGCAAACUUAUAAUUACAACUCCCUAAUUGGAUAUCUUCCAAAUCUAUCUGUUUUACACAUAAGAAGUAGUGGGUUAAUCAAUCUGGAUGGAAUAACACCUGAAUGUUUACCAAGAUUAGAAUAUUUAAAUGUUAGGGAAAAUCAAAUCGGCAGUUUAGAAGAAAUAAGGAAACUAUCCAACCUCCAGUGUUUACGUACAGUGAUUUUAACAGAUAAUCCAGUUUAUGAUGUCAAAGAUUACCGACUAGAAGUUCGCGUUUGUUUGGUCAAUUUAAGGCGACUUGAUAAAGAUAUCUAUACGAUGGAAGAAAAUGAAGAGGCCGAUGAAUUGGCUAUUCAAAGAAUGCAACCAACCUGAUUUUCAAAACGAACGUGGAUCAACCUUUCAUGAGCGUUUGUCAGUUUUCCAGGAAACAUCUUUAAAAGUUCCUCAAGCGUUUACGUGUAUAUUUUUA